CAGAAAGCGAGCAGUUUGGCAGUGCUUUUGGAGGGCAGUUCAGCUCGGUUCAUCCACGGAGUAUCUUGGUUGAUUCUUGUUUUCUUUUUUUUAUAUCUUCUUGCAAAUUAUUCGGUCCUCUUGGUAUAUUAAUCUUGUUCUCUUUUUGUUUCUUUGUCAGGGCAAGGGCUAUGAUCGAUCCUAUCAUUGAAUACUACUACUGAUCAUUCACCCAACCUUCGUUGAUUCAUCGUGAACUAUCGCCAUUAUUUCGUCUAGGUCGAUUAUGGACGAUACAGUCCCUGAUACUCCUGUCAGCAACAAAAAGGUCGUGCAUAGCACCCCUCCAGCCGCUGCCCACGACGACGCAGAAUAUGAGACCGUUGCCACCCUUCCACUCCCACACCCGCAGCUUGCAACACAACCAGUAACACAGCCCACCCAGCAUCUUACGCAACCAACACAGAUCAUCGAGGCUCCUCAGUCCGCCUCCCGCAAUUCUUUCGUUCAAGUCGCCGCUUCCUCCCCUCCUGGUCCCGCUUCCUCUCCCUCUCGUCCUACCGCACGAGCCGGUGUUCUGUCCAGUGUUAUGGCACCGAGUGGAACACAAUUUCGCCCCCCUGUCCCCGCUGGCCCUGCAAAGCGUGCGCCAGUAAUUGAUCUGGGCGACGACGGCCCGGCCUAUGGUGGUGGAUCCUCUGAUGACGAUAUGCCAACCACCGGAACAACCGAUAUCAAGCCGUCCAUGUUCACCAAGAACUCGCGCAGCCCGGACAAGGUCAACGAGUCGCCCGUGGGCGCAAGUAAUGGGCCAAUGGAUCGGUUCAAGGAGAUUACUAGCUCGGCCGUGUAUAACCCCCAAAACCCGGGGAAGCGCUCUGCGGCGCAAAUGGAUCCCACGCCCAAGGGUAUCCCGGUUAAGAAAGUCCGCCAGGAUGGACCAUCUCGCGCUCAACCUGUUGCUAUGAAUAUAACUAUGCUGGAUGAAAUUGAUGAUUACCAAACUAGAGUCAAGGUGGAGAGGAUGUUGAAGGUCGUGCCGCAAAAGUCUAUCCAGGCUUGCAUGGAGGCUCUCCUACUGAAACAUGGAAAUUAUGAUAAUGCAUUGGAUCACUUGGCCAACGAUGAAGAAGAACGAGAUGGGUUGUUCGAAUCGGAAGACGAAUUGACCACGAAUCAAAAGGCCUCGCCCACCGCACCCGCGAAGCAGCAAAUCAAAGCCCGUGGGACAAUUCAGGACAAGUGGACAUCUAUGCGCCUGAACAACUUUUCCAGCCAAAAAGCAGAAGCACCGCAGGAAGAGGAGAAGCCACGCAGACGAUUGAUGAGGGGCCCCAAAAACCGUGCAUCCUCUCCUAGCAGUCCAAUCCGUUCUGAGACUACUCCGCCCAAGAAGAAACUCGGUCGUCUGGUCCAGGGACGAAAGGAGGCAUCUCCCGCUCGAUCUGAGUCUCCAGAGGCACCUCUGGUUAUCUCCGAUGACUCUGACUCUGGUGUUGAGGAAGUCGCCGAGGGAGGUGAAUUAGAACUGAAGGUUCUAAAAUUUUUCAACGCCUGCAGUCCUCUAGAACUUUCAGAUAUUGCUGCUAUCACCGAGGAUGUCGCCAAUACAUUAAUUUCGCAUCGGCCAUUUAGUUCGCUGGAUGCUGUACGCGUUGUCCCAGCCCCCGAACAAGCCGCAAAACCCAAGGGUGCCAGAGGGCGAAAAACGCCAAAGCCAAUUGGUGACAAGAUUGUGGACAAAUGUCUUGAUAUGUGGGUAGGAUACGAAGCGGUGGACUCUCUUGUUACAGAAUGUGAGGCGCUUGGGAAGCCAGUUGCAAACGAAAUGAAAAAAUGGGGCGUGGAUAUGUUUGGAAAGCGUGAUGGGGAGCUGGAACUGGUGUCUAUUGACCCCGCAAAAUCGCACGACUCCGGCAUUGGAACGCCUGCUAGUCAGCGCUCCGAGGAAGACAGUGAUGGACCAGCAGGCUCUGGCUCGCGCAAGAGCAAGAGUAAAGGGAAGUUCAUCUCCCAGCCUGGAAUCAUGGCUGAGGAUUUGACGAUGAAAGAUUACCAAAUUGUCGGGAUCAAUUGGUUGGCUUUGCUGUUCAGAAAGAACCUAAGCUGCAUAUUGGCUGAUGAUAUGGGUCUUGGAAAAACCUGUCAAGUUAUUGCAUUCCUAGCUCAUUUGUACGAGGAAGGGAUCAAGGGACCUCAUCUUAUUGUGGUGCCUUCUUCCACCAUUGAGAACUGGCUUCGGGAGUUUCAAAAGUUCUGUCCCACGCUCUCUGUCAUGCCUUAUUACGCUGGCCAGGCCGGAAGAGCUGAGAUUCGGGAAACGAUCGAGGAUAACCGAGAUGAUAUCAACGUUGUUAUUACUACCUACACCAUCGCUAAGGGCAAGGUUGACUCACAUUUCCUGAAGAGUAUGGACUUUUGCGCCUGUGUUUACGACGAAGGGCACAUGCUCAAGAGCAGUACAUCGGUGCUCUAUGAGAAAUUGAUCCGCAUUCCAGCUCGGUUCAGGCUUCUUUUGACAGGAACACCGCUUCAAAAUAACCUGCAAGAAUUGGCUUCGCUGCUGGGCUUCAUUCUUCCUAAGGUUUUCCAGGAGCGCAAAGACGAUCUCCAGCACGUCUUUUCAAACAAGGCAAAGACCGGCGACGAGUCCCAUUCCGCCCUUCUUUCCGCACAGCGCAUUGAACGGGCUAAGUCCAUGUUGAAGCCCUUUAUCUUACGGCGAAAGAAACACCAGGUCAUUGAUCUGCCUGCCAAGGUUUCCCGCGUAGAGUGGUGUGAAUUGAACACUUCUCAAAAGGAGAUUUACGACCACGAGAAAGAGGAGGUCCGUCGACUUCUGGCUGACCGAGCAGCUGGAAAGAAGACGGGUAACAAGUCCGCCAAUAUCUUGAUGAAGCUCCGCCAGGCAGCUAUUCACCCUCUCUUAUACCGGAAGCAUUAUGAUGAUGCUGUUUUGAGCCGCAUGGCCAAGGCUUGCUUGAAAGAAGAGCAAUGGUCUUUGUCGAACCCCAAUAUCAUCUUUGAGGAACUGCAAGCCUAUAAUGAUUUCGAGUGCCAUACCAUGUGCACAACACACCCUAACUCUCUUGGAAAGUUUGCUCUGAAGAAGGCCGAGUGGAUGGAUUCAGGAAAAGUGGACAAACUCUGCGAAUUGCUCAAGCGGUUCAAGGAAAAUGGUGAUCGUGCUCUAGUAUUCUCCCAGUUUACCAUGGUGAUGGAUAUCCUCGAACAUGUGCUGGAGAACCAGCAUGUAGGCUUCGUUAGACUUGAUGGCCGUACAAACGUUGAGGAUCGCCAGUCUAUCCUUGAUGCCUUCCACGAAAGAACCGACAUCCCGGUCUUCUUGCUUUCGACCAAAGCCGGUGGUGCUGGUAUCAACUUGGCCUGUGCCAACAAAGUUAUUAUUUUCGACUCCAGCUUCAACCCUCAGGAGGAUGUCCAGGCGGAGAACCGAGCCCACCGUGUGGGUCAAACCCGAGAAGUUGAAGUCGUCCGCCUGGUGACUAAAGACACCAUUGAAGAGCAAAUCUACGCCCUCGGUCAAACCAAGCUGGCUCUCGACCAGGCAGUUGUGGGCGAAGAUGCUGCCGAGUCGAAGAAGAGCGAAGAAGCCGGAAUGAAGGUGGUGGAAGACAUGGUCCUCGCGGACAUCGAACAAGACAAAGAAAACGCAAAAGCAUAACCUUUCCUAUCUCUUAGACAUGAGAUAUGAUCUAUUAUUUCAUUUUCUUUUCCCCCUUGCUUUUGUUUACUUUCAACUCAUCUACAUAGCCUCCCUCUCUCUUACUAGCGAUUUUGCUCGUUUGCAUACUAAGAGAUACAUGGAUACAUCUGAUACACUUUGAAUGCGCACGGUUGCGUGUUAUUCAUGUUGGACCUGCCAUUUGUAUUUGCAACAUUCUCAAAACCUGUUUCUUAUGCUGUAUGGGUUUUGAAGAGGGGAAAAAACCCAACUUCCCCUAUCUAUCAAUCAGCCUUCCAGGCUUCAUCUAAUGGCGUUUUAUAAUGUGUUUCAUUAUCAGACCAGAGGAGUAUCAGGUUUGUUUAGACUAAACUGGGUUUUUUGUUUUCCAGGAUUUAUUUCAUG